GACCACCAUCCAUUUCUACGACAGGGUCCUCAAGCCCGCCGUCAUAAAACGGGUCAGAGGUGAUGAAAAGGUAAAAGGUGAAGGAAAGUGGUGCGGGGUUAAAGGUCAAGUGGCCCCGGGGAAUAAUGUCUGGGAAAAGAUUAGAGGUGAUGACAACAGUACUGAUAAUGGGACGGCGGUUUUCAUGUUCUGCCGAAUAACAGUGCCAAGAAAAAUGAAGUCUUUUUUUUACGAUGAGUGGGCGAUUGUAGUAGCGUUAGUAGCGACAAUGACCUCAACUUUUGUUGCUUUGGCAGUCGGCUUCGCUGUUGUCCUAAUCGUAAAGAAACUUUUCACUAAAAUGAAAGAACCCCUGAUAAAAAAAUCCCCAAAGGAUAAAAAACCCCAACCGGCUCAUCACUACUCUACGUCACUGGCUACGUCAUCAGCAGCUGCAGCCAAUCAGAGAACAGCAUCUUCUUCUUCCGCUGCUGCCAAACAAGAUGGUAAUAAAGAGAAAAAGAAAAAGAAUGAUAAUGAUAGUGGUGGUGCUGGUGGUGUCCACUUUUGGUACGACCGGCUUCCGUACGAAUACACGAAGUUUACGCCCGCCAAAAAUGCCGAGAAGUCGAUGAAGUUAUAUGAGAAAGCAUCGGGUGAAGCUCUCACGAGGAUCAUUGCUAUCGGAGCAGACUUGCACAACAGACACAUGCACUCAUCAAGCAUCGCGAGGUAUUUCAAGAGGUUCAUCUCAAGUUUCCAGGACAGCUUGUUUAGCUUCAAGCCGGUCAUGUCCAAGGAUCUGGCGGACUUACUGGCGGAAGAAAACCAGAUGAGAAAAUUCGUGUACAGUGAAAAAGGAAAAAGAAAAUUAAUUGACUCAGGUCACUUGUUCGUAAAAGAUGCGGCUACAGAAGAAAAAACUUUCUGGAAAUGUGAUCAAUAUCAAAAUCUUGUAUGUCGGGCACGUUUGCAUACUCGUCAUGACAAAAUUGUAAGAUUCAACAUGGCUACACGAAAUGUUUUAAAUUCUGAGAUUUUGUGGUUUUUAUUUAGCAAACGUGAACUAUUGAGCGACGAAAGUUUUGGAAGCGAAGUGGCUGAAUUUUAUACUGCAGAGCAAAUCUCCUGUGCCGCCAAUGCGGAGUGCGAAGAUAAGAAGAAGACCUUUGAUAAGAAGCUGAUUAGCGAACUCUCAACUAAGAAACUCGAUAGGAAAUUUCUGUUAGAAUACAAGGAGUACAUUGAAAAAUAUUUGAACAACCAACUGAUUGUACUUCACAGCGAGAUGACUUAUACAGUCAGAAUGGACGCUUAUUUUAACGACAUGAUGAAAUCAAAAGCAAAGAACCAUCCAGCUACUUUCAUCAAAGACCUAAUAUCCGAGUAUAGAGCAUUUUGUGAAAGACUGCAAGAAAAAGCAGAUUUUAGUGUCAUGCCCGACUUGAUGAAAAGCGAAACGAAACACGAGAAACUCAUGAAGGAAUACGUGGAAUUUCUGGAAGACCCCUUAACUACCAACACCGAUCUUAUAACUUCAAUGACCUCUAUAUUUCCAACAGCAGUGUCGUAG